UUGACGAUCGGGAUCCAAACUAAUGUAGUCAGAAAAAUGUUAACAGGUGUGUUCACGUAUUCAUUUGUCCCAGUAUUUCCGUACAUUCCGUUCCGGCAAGUUUAGUGACGUGUACUUAGCGGCAAUAGUGAGCCACGCCGUGCUUGGGCGAUUUUUUUCUGGCUAAUCAACAUAUUUUUGGUGUUGUGCUUCUAGUGUAAUUUAUCCAUUCGAUUAGCGGCUUCGUGGCAGUUGCAACAUCUACUAUAGCCAACUCGAUUUGUGCAAGUGAGGACAAACAUGAGCAAUCGUCGGAAGAGAAAUGACCGCAUGGACCACGAAACGCUCAUUCCAGCGUCGGAAGAUGAAGAAAAGCACGAGAAAAGCGACCUCCGGGGAGACUGGGGUAACAUUGCGAUCCUGUUCUUUCUCUAUCUUCUCCAAGGCAUACCGAUCGGGCUGGCGUCGGCCAUACCGAUGUUGUUACAAAAUCGGGGUGCUAGCUACAAACAACAGGCCGAGUUCAGUUUUGCUCACUGGCCGUUCAGCUUGAAACUCCUGUGGGCACCGAUCGUCGACUCGUUGUUCUGGAAGCGCUUUGGGAGACGAAAAUCAUGGCUCAUUCCAACGCAGUACUUGAUCGGCAUUUUUAUGUUGAUUCUUUCGCUGCACGUCAACCGCUGGCUCGGCGCGGAAACCCCUGCCGGCAGCACAAAUGAUCAUUCCACCGAAAUCGAGAGCACACUGAACAUUCCCCUGCUGACGGGCAUAUUUUUCAUGCUAAACUUCCUCGCCGCCACGCAGGAUAUCGCUGUGGAUGGGUGGGCCCUAACGAUGCUGAAACGAUGCAAUGUUGGUCACGCUUCAACCUGCAACAGUGUGGGACAGACGGCCGGCUACUUUCUCGGCUAUGUCGCCUUUAUGGCGCUAGAAUCGGCCGAGUUUUGCAACAGUUAUCUUCGUACGGAACCAGCCGACGAAGGGCUGGUGAACCUCUCCGGGUACCUUUGGUUCUGGGGUCUGGUUUUCCUGAUUACAACCACACUAGUGGCGCUGUUGAAACGCGAAAUAUCGCCCAGUCUUGACCGGGGCCACGAAGAACAUCUGGAGCUAGACAUCAAGCAAACCUACCGACUGCUGGUGGACAUUAUGAAGAUGAAACCGAUCCUCACGCUCGUGGCCAUACUUCUAACGGCGAAGGCAGGAUUUGCCGCUUGCGAUGCGGUGACGUCACUGAAACUUAUCGACGCCGGUGUACCGAAGGAUAAACUAGCCCUACUGGUGGUACCGCUGGUACCAUUGCAAAUCAUCCUUCCUUUGGCCAUUAGCAAAUAUACCGCCGGAACACGACCGAUGGAGGUGUACCUGAAGGCGAUUCCGUACCGGAUAGGCUUAACGCUGGUAGCAGCGGGAAUCGUUUGGAUAACACCGGCGAUUGUGCGCGACCACCAUGUGCCGUACUAUUACUACGUGCUGCUGCUGACGAACUAUGGUCUGUACCAGAUCGCCCUGUACAGCAUGUUUGUAGCAGUGAUGGCGUUUUUCGCACGCGUUAGCGAUCCUGCCGUCGGUGGAACCUACAUGACACUGCUCAACACGCUCAGCAACCUCGGUGGUAACUGGCCGACCACGGUCGUACUAUGGCUUGUGGAUUACCUUACGUGGAAGAACUGUUCGAACACACCGGGCAACGAUUGUUCGGACAGUAUGCUGAAAGAGGCUUGCACGGCCGGUGGUGGCAAGUGCUCGAUAACGGUCGAUGGGUAUUAUAUAGAGAUAUUCAUUUGUCUGCUGUAUGGGCUGGUCUGGUACCGAUGGGGUAGCAGCAAAAUCCGGCAGCUACAGGAACUUCCGCUCAAAACAUGGCGCGUAGCGCGAAGUGUGCAACGGAUGCAUAGCAGCUAGCAAUUAAUGCAACUCAUUUGACAAUUCCAUUUAUUAGCGGUACUGUGAGUGCGGAAACGGAAAUAAUUGAAAAAACCAUCGUGACAGCGAGCUAGAAAACAAAACGUACUGAAACAAGUGUUAUUUCAUUUUUAUUAUUUAAACCAUCUAUACAAAUUGUACGCAGAGAGGGAAACAGAACGUGCAUUUUUAGAAAGACCCACCUACGUUUAAUGAAAAUAAGAAAUCAGCACAAAGCUAGUGGCGUGGAAACAGUUAAAGUUAAAGUUAUACUUUAUCUUUUGUUUUUGUAUUUUUGAUUUUUGUUAGUAUUUUUCUCUACCGAAGGAAUAGAUAUCGAUUGCAAUAGGUAGCCUUAGAAGAGUUAGAAAACAAAUUUGGUUUGUUUGCAGCAUUGUGAUGAUUUAUGUAAAUCCCCUACAAAAUAGGUUUUCGGAGCAGGAGGAAAAACAACUGGUGCAAACUUGAAUGAGUGUAAUAAAAUACAAAAUGUUAAAACAUUUGAAA